AUGGCGCUCAUCUCCGCCAAGACCAUCAUCACUUCCGUCUCCCUCUUCCACCUUACGCUCGGCUACUUCUUCCUCACCAAUCCAAGCUCCAUCAAUGAGCAAGCGCUUGUCUACAUGAUGGGCGAGAGCAUGGGAAUGCCCGCAGCCAGAGGCUUCGAGCUACAAAGCCCCCCUCUAGCGUUCCUCGCAUCCAUCCUCGUCUUUAUCGGCUUCAGCGACCUGAUGUCCCUUUCCAUGCCCGACGAAAUCUGUCUGGUCUUCCACUGGGGAAUUCAAGCACCGCUACGAUCCUUCCUGUCGCUCGGUUUCGUCGCCUACAUCUUCCUAUUCGGUCCAUCAUCUCCCAUGUACGACAAGUCCUCCCGCGGCCCCCUCUCCCACCCGAGCGCACAUAAUCCGUCGUACCGACCUGGUGGCUGGGGAGGCGAUAUGCUUAAGAACCGUCUGUUCUUUACUUUUAUCUUCAUCGAGACAAUGACAUGGUUCUGGGUCUGGGUUACUCUGCGAGAGGAGCGAGAUGCGAUUCUGAGCAAGAAGUCACGAAGACGAAGCCAAUCGCAUUCCCAAUAA